AUGGCGCCUAUCAUGAGGAAUCGGAUCUCAUCGCCUCUCGAGGCUGGCCCAUCCAUCGCCGACAGCCUACCGGUCUACGUCAACGAGGCCUUGGAUUAUGCGUCGAAGAGACUGGCUAAGAAGGGGGCCAACAUUACACUGCUUGUUGUUCGCCGCGACUACCAACUGCCGACAUCCACCAUUGUUACCUCUCCGACCUUUACGCCAGGCUCGCACGUCCUCAACACAGCAGCAUUGCGGCCUACCCUGCCUCCUGUCUCGAGAUUGGAAGCCCUCAAGCAGUUCGUCAAGCUCAACAACAGCACAACGAGUGACGGAAGUGUACGAGAGAGGAUUGUCCAUAUUCAUUUGGAUCGGUUCAGCGAUGGCACCGUAUCACCUGCCUUCAGCGAGGCUUCUGCCAUUUCCAGCUCCACCUACUCCUCGGUCGACUCGACCUUUACCAGCACCAGCACCAGCAGCAAUCGGUUCCGAUGGCCAGGUAGUCCAUCUCAUUAUGGCGGCAGCAGCGUGCCCAUGACACCUGCCACGCCUUUCACCGUAAUGUCAGACAACAGUGUUGAGCAUUCAAGUGUUGCACACCAGACCGGCAUGAGGUUCAUCCAUGCUGAACCUUUGAGCCCCAAAGAUGAGAGACUUUUGUCUCAGACAAUUGAGAAGACAUCCAAGAAGUUCAAGCUGGGAUCCGAAUGGCUCUCCCGACCAGUCUCAGCCUCUUCCCUCUCCCUCCCUCCAGAUCUCAUCCGCCUCUCGCUCUCACAAAACCAGCCCCUCUUCACCUCAUCCCACCUCAAUCUCCUCUCACUCGACUCCCUCUACACCUUCCGCACAGCCUUCCAAGCCUACGCCCGCACCCGCUCCUCCUACCGCCUGGAAGACGCCGUCGACGAGCUCCGCCGCCUCUACCUCUCCAACGGCCGGCGUCCUCUACUCAAGAGCAUCCUCCUCAACUCUUACCGAUGGCUCGACCCCAUCUGCGACCACUCCCUAAGCCAGGUCUGCCGCAUGUACGAGCGUGCCUACGGCGGCAACGUCAUCAGAGACGACACUAAAGAUGCCAGCGGCGCAGCAUGGCCAUUAGUAGCCGAAGACAAAGAAAUUCUUUUCACGCUCAACUCCCCGACCGACUCGGAAACCGAAGAUGAUGAUGAUCUUGACGAUGACGAAAAGUUUGACCUCAAGGCGAUAGAAGCAUGGUACCGCACCACCUCCUUCCAUCAUCACCACCAACCACCACCACCACCGCCAAGAGAGCGAGAAAGGACAGUCCUCAGAAUCGACCCCCUCCGCUCUCACCCUUCCAAUUCCCCGCAUGAUAUCCUUUUGCCAUCUCCCGUCCGUCCAGCUCCUGUCCCUAUCCCGGAAGAAAGGAGGACAACAACACCUAAACUCUUCCCCGCCCCACCAGGGAGAAACCCAGCGUUGUUGCAGUUGAAACUGCAAACCACCUUUGAGAAACGUCUCCCUUUGCCCCCAAGAGAGGAGGAAACUCACUCCCCCAUCUCAGAAAAAGAAGAAGAAGAAGAAGAAGAAGAAGAGCACACCGCCCGUCCCCAAAGCGCGGUUAGAUCGUUCCCUCCUCCUACCAUUUUGACUACUGCCAAACCGGGGAACGGCUCCGCUCCCCCAUCAGCCCAGUGGUCAAAAACCAGUUUUUCCCUCAACGAAAUCAUGCUCUCACCCGACGGGUCAGGGUCAGGGUCAGGUGGGGUAGGUGAUAACGAACCAGAAGAAAGGGAAAGAGUCGGACCUCUAACACCAAACGGCUACGACGACAUCAGCCCCAUCACCAGAGGAGAGUGGGGGUUUUUGUUCCCUGUCGUGGCGGAGAGGCAGAGGAUGGUCAGGGUCGAGACUUGUACUUAG